AUGCUGGUGCCUGUGGGGAUGAUAUGGGGGGGCACUGCGAAUAGAGGGAGGCUGAAGCUGCGGCAGGGGAAUGUGAGGGAGAAUUGGACGAGCGGGGUGGAUUUGCAUCGGCUGCUCACGCUGCUGGAUCUUGAGAUGGUUACCACCGAUGAGGAGUUACAAGAGUAUGCCUCGGCCCAGGCACAAGCAGCAAAGGCAAGACGGGAUGCUAGCCGAACAUCUUCAGAUCAGGGGAAAAUGCCCUAA